UUAGUGCAAAAAUCAUUUGGCGCGCAAUGGUUAAUGUUGCGAAAUAUAUCGUUUUGCUCGAGAAUUUAUCAUUUGCAAAUGCAUUGCCAAGCAAGCAACAAACGACGGCAACAGAAUUGCCAGCAAGUCUUGUGGCCAAUUUGAGGAUCUUGGAGAAAUAUGUGCCACAGGAUGUGGAACAACAGUUACAGCAAUUGUGGGAAGGACUGCAACUUACAGCUGACAAUGCGCCACAGAUAAAUACGAAUAAGACCAUUAAUUGUUAUAUAGUGCGACUGAUGCACGUGCUACAAUCGUUGAUGAACAACAUUAAUUUCAACAGUGAUGCCAAGGAGGACCUAAUAUCUGUGGCACAUCUCAAGCUGUGCAUUCAGGUGACACAGGAGCUAGCCUACUAUGCACUGCGCAUUCAACUGCACGAGGACUUCUAUAAAUCACCAGUGUUCCAGCAGGCACAAGCAGAGAAUCUUCUGCGUUGUGAUUCAUCGCUGCUUUUGUUAAGUGUUCAGUUUUUUGUGCACCCGCUGUGCAUACGUCAACUGCAUAUUGCCAAUGCCAUGGAACUGGUGCAACGUGAUCUGCUAGCAGCUAUUAUGAGUCUGCGCACGGAUGAGCAACUAAGCACCGAGCAGGAAGUCCAACUGAAUGGAGUACUCGCCUAUCUUUGGGAGAACGAAUCCAAGGCGGAUUACUUUCGGCAUGUGCUGCUGCUGAAGGCGACGCCGCAACUGGGCACUCCACUGUCCAAGCAGCUGCACCAGCAACUGCUAGGCAAACUAAGUUUGCCCCAUGGCUUUGCCAGCCUGUUGGCGGCGCUGACGUCUUCUUCCUCAAACUUGGACGCCACGCGCAGUGCCGAUAUCAUGGCCAAUAUUGUGGCACAACGUGGCUAUUCUGCCGGACUGCAGCUGCGUUUAGUUCACCAGAUCUUCGACUUUUGUCAACUGGCUCCAUUGCAUAGUCUGCCUGCUGGUGUGCUCAGCUUGCGACGUCUCUGCGAGCUGCGUGUGGAGAAUCGUGCAAGGAUUGAGCAGCUGCUAAUGUCACAUUGGCAACCGUUGACAUCGCCGCUAGAUCUGCUCAAUGGUCUAAUUGUGUGGGAGCAGGCGGAGCUGUGCGAGCGCCUGCAUCUCUUUCAGCAGCUCUUCUGCAGCUCGACCGUUGCCUGUUUGCCCAGCGAGCUGCUUGUACCUUUUAUGCCGCUCCUGUUGCAGCUGCAUCAGCAGCUGCCAGCGCAGCAGCUGCAGCAGCAGCGCCAGCAACUGGCAUCUCUCAUCGCACGUUGUUUGGAUAACAGGGAGCCCGUACAGGAGCUGCCGGCACUGCUGCUUCGUCUUUACAAAUGGGAUUUGCCAGCAUUUCAGGCGCUGCAUCCACGUCUCAAAAUUGUGCAGACAGAUCAAGUUAAGGUGCAAGUGGCUGCGGAGCAGCAGCAGCAGUUGGAUGAGAAGCAACCUGCAUGCAGCAUGUUGCCCACUUUACUCAUGGCUGGCAGCGAUCAAGCGCUCACCUGCAAAGUAUUUCUUUCGCUGCUUAGCCUCAUGCUCCAACAGCUGGCUGCAGCAAAAGAAACAUCCCAAAUUAGGACAGAUCUGCUUGCCAGCGAAACGGAACUCGCUGAGUUUUUGCAACGCAAUUAUCAGUUGAAGUUGCAGUUGCUUCUGGGACUCCAGCAGCUGAUUGGACAUGAGCCGCUCAAAGCACAGCUGGCGACGACGCAUAGCAAACAAUUUAUGCAAUUGCUCGCUGAAUUCCUGGCACAGUUGGAUGAGGAGCCGGAUCAGAUGCUGUUGCUUAUGUUGCUGCUUCUGCUGCAGGAGUUGCUCGAGCACAAUGAGCAGCUACAGCUGGCAGAAAGCACGCAACGCUUGAGGCAACCACUGCAACAGUUGCUGACCAAACAAACCGAUAAUCUUCUGCUGAGAAAUGCACUGCUGCCGUUGCUGGAACUGCUCAGAGGUCAGCUGUGCUCCGCUCCAGCGGCACUUGCCAGUUUUCAGCAGGCGCGUGAGCUCAUCGAGAAUCGGGAUCAGCCCCAUCUACAGGUUUAUGGCAUACAACUGAUGCUGGAUGCGUUGCACAAAAAGGAUCCCUCAUUUGUUUCCCAAGCACCACGUAUUAUGGCCUUGGCCUUGAGCACGCUGAGGAACAAGGAAUCCUACACGUUCCUCAAUUGUGUGCGUUUGUUUGCCGCCCUGGUGCACAUCCGUGAAUCGGAGGUGCUGGACACGCUCAGCGAUGAAUAUCUGGCGGAGACGGCCGAUCUUGACUAUCGUCUGGUUGUUGGUGAGGCCAUCAUGAAAGCAGCCCACGAAAUUGGUCCACUUUGCUAUCGCUAUAAGGCUGUGCUCUUCAAUUGUUUCCUGCACGGCGCACGGUCGCCGCUGAAUGAGUUUAGGAGUUCGGCGUAUGCGAAUCUGGCGCAGCUGUGCCGCCUGCUCACCUACCAGGUGCAUGGUUUCUUCCAGGAGCUGCUGCAGCUCAUCGACACGGAACUUAGCACCGGGAGCUAUGUGCCUGCCAAGCGUGGCGCUCUCUUGGUGCUCGCCGAGUUGCUGGCAGGCAUGGAGAGUCUACUUGACUACCAGGACAUGCUGUUGCCCAUUUAUAGGCUGCUGCGUGUUAUCGAAGCAGCCGAAGCGUGUGAUCCUCAAAUGCGUCAGCAUGCCGCCAAUGGAUUGAAGAUCAUCAAUGAGAAGUGUCGUCAAAUGUUGAGCAAUGUAGCUGCUGAUCAGCUGCCCAGGAAGAUUCAAGUGCUGGGCAUUAAGGAUAAGCGGAAAAAGGGCAAGCGGCACAUUUUGGAACUCAACUGAGUUUUACUGAUUCGACUGAUUGAUGUACACAUAAUUUAAUAAUCAAUACAAAUCUAUUUAUGUAUUGUUAUCUUUGUUCUAAUUGUCGCUCGUAAAUUAGAACUUAGGCGUGCUCCAAUUUGUAAAAGCGGAAAACUUUUACAUUUUUAAAAUGUAAAUAGCAAAAGUAAAUAUCAAAUUUCAUAUAUAAAAGCAAAAGUUAUGCACUUGAAAUUAUUUUAAGUCGGUUCUCUAUGAAUGCAAAGUAGCUCUUAAAUAUAUUUUAAAUAAAUAUUUUGUAAGCACAUCUCAAAUUGAAAUUUAAGGUACAAUUUGACAGCAAAACAAUUAUGUUUGUUUAUGUUCGUUUAGUCAAAAAUGAAAACGGAAUAGUUUUGCGCAAAUUGGAGUACUCCAUAAUGUUUUCAAAAGCGAAAUCUAAGAUUCAUAGAUGUUCUGUGCUUAAGCCAA